AUGAGCACUACGUCUCCUAAACUAUAUGUUGAUGAAGUUUCCAACGCCACCAAAUCACUGACCAAGUCGAAUGAUUCUGACGCUAAUAACAACGACAUUGAAGGCUCAACUGACAUUACCGAUGUCGGAGAAGCCGUUACAACCACUGGCAAUACUUCUUCUGUCAACGAUAACCGUGUCAAUGCCACAGCAACUGCUGCUGCUGUUGCCGUUGCCAGCGAUGAUCAAAAGGAACAGUCAUCCAAUGAUUUUUUCUUAGCCCAGCUUAAGGAUUUGACAGACCUGAUCGUCACUUCAUUUGACAGUAUCGCGUCGAAUAUGGAGGAUUUACGGAUCAAGGCUGGCACAUUGAGUAGUCUCUCUGCCACUUUGAUUGGCUCGUCCGGUGACUCUUUGUCCAAAACAUUCUCUGAUAGGGACAUUGACAGUCGAUUGAUGCUUUUGGAAGUGGCUCAGAAGGCACAGAAUGAUUUCAGUAAGAGUGCCACCGAUGCAGAUCUAGCCGUUGGCAAUGGAUCACCAACAUCCGGUUCGUAUGCCGCCUAUCAUCAGCAACAUGUGUUUUCUAACCAAAGAAGAAUGGAUUCGCCUCUUGAUAUUCCCGAAAUUGACUUAAACCCUCGUGCAAAGUCUGUUCCGGACAUCUGGGACGAGUGGAUGAACGGUUACAGGAGCCAGAAACCUUUACGAUACCUCGAAGCUCGCUACGGAACGAAGUGGAGACGUGGACGCAUUGCAAAAAGUGCUCAGAGAAGAAAGAAAGUGAUUGAUUUCAUUGUUUCUGAAAGCAAGCGGUUCUCUCAAAAGUCUCCUCAUGAUGUUGUGGCUACUUUGGAAGAAUACAGAAGACGCAAGAAUAAGGGAUUGUUCUGGCUGUACGGUUCUUUACCAAGCCGUUUGUUUGACGACAACGGUAAUACCUUACUUGACAAUGACGAGGCCGACGAGGAUGGUUCUUCAUCGACCUCUGCAGCAGCAGCUGCUGCAGCCGCAGCCGUUUCUGCUGCUCAAGAAGAAGAAGAAAGAAUUGAGCUAGAGGGACCAGCAAGAAAGAAGGCGAAGAAGUUAUCAGAUGACCAGACUACAGAUUCAGAAGCUGAAGUAACUGCAGCUGCAGCAGCCGUUGUUGCUGCUCAGAGAAAGGCUGCCCAGCCCGACUCUACAACUGAUCCUGCCUUGGCCAGCAUAGAUAAUAAGGGGAAGAAGGCAUAA